AUGUCCUUCAACGGAUCUAGCGGUGGGAACAGUACGUUCUUUGAGGCUGAAGAACAUGUCGAGACCAAAGUGGUGCCGGUGUACACUCCUCUCAUCUACGGUGCGGUUUUAAUCGUAUAUUUGAUGAUAUUUGCAUCUCAGUACAGGAAGAGACGGAUCAAGGCAUUGACGGAGCUACCUUCUAUCUUUGACGAGAACGAUGCCAGAGAGCUGUAUUUCCAGGUUAAGCAGUUGGGUGAGGAACAGUCGGUUCACGAAAAAGUGAUGAAAGCAGUGCUGCUGAAUAGAGGAGCUGAAGCUAUUAGACGGUCGUUCAAAUUGAAGGAACUGGAGCCCCAGAUUGACAUACUCUAUAAGAAUGGGUCAAUUGGCGAAGAGUACUGGCAGCGGUACCAAAAUGAAGUGAAACUUACAGAGGUUGAGUUUAAAGAAGCGUUGCAAGAGGCAGAAAACCUGCAGCCAGGUUGGUCGCAACUGUUCGUCGCUGUUUGCAAAGAGAUCUGCUUCAAUCAAGCGCUUUCUAGACGCUACAACUCGAUCUUCAAGCGCAAGGAAGUUUGCAUCAAGGAGUGGGAGUUGAAGCUUAACGAUGACGGCAGAUUGAUUCAAUAG